UCGAGGCACUAUACACAUGCGACCCUAAGAAGUGACUCCUCUUCAUCCGAGGAACGUAAUUCUCGAUGCAAAGGGUUUCGUCCAGAACAGAAAAUCCUGGAAAAUGAAACACAAUGUUUUUGAGCGUCUGAUUCUGGAAACCUGAACGUGCUGACAUCAAGAAAAUGACUCUAGAUGAAAAGUCAGGUGUGAGGGGGUUUCUCUUUCAAGCGACCAGUGAAAAGAGGGAGAGUUGAUUUUGACCUCAGAGAAAGCCCUUGUUUCCCAAACCACGUAAAUACCGCAGGAGAGGCGCACCACGCCACCGGAUAGUGGAGAGGAAGGCGCGCACGGGAGCGCACAGCUAUUUCCCAUUGCAAUCCAGUACUCCCUCCGUCAACAUGGAUGGCUACAAUUGGACGUCAGUGUCUGAGAACAUCAGCAUGCCUUCCUUCCAGGACAACCCCAGUCACCCCACCUCCAACAAUUUCUCAGACAUGGCUGCGCCAAUGCCCUUCAAUGUAGUCACCGCAGUCAUCUACACCAUCGUCUUCAUUGUGGGUCUUCUGGGCAACACACUGGUCAUCUACGUGGUGGUCCGUUACGUCAAGAUGAAGACAGUAACCAACAUGUAUAUCCUCAAUUUAGCUUUGGCUGAUGAACUCUACAUCCUAGGAAUCCCCUUCUUGGGCACUAACAGCGUGCUUUCCUACUGGCCAUAUGGGGAUUUCUUUUGCAAGGUGUGCAUGACUGCUGAUUCCGUAAGUCAGUUUGCCUCCACCUUUUGCCUGACGUUGAUGAGCAUCGACCGCUACCUGGCUGUGGUUCAUCCUAUUCGCAGUGCCAAAUGGAGGAAGCCACAGGUGGCCAAGAUUUUCAAUGCUGUGGUAUGGAUUGUGGCCUUUCUGAUUGUGCCACCGGUCACAAUCUACUCACAUGUACAGGAGGAGUUCAACACCUGCAAUAUAUCUUGGCCUGAGCCGCAAGAUCUGUGGUCCAUUGUCUUCAUUCUGUACACAUGCAUCCUAGGCUUCUUUGGUCCUCUGUUUGUCAUCUCCCUCUGCUACCUGCUCAUUGUCAUCAAGGUGAGGUCAGCAGGUGUACGUGCAGGCCUGAAGAAGCGACGUAAGUCGGAGCGUAAGGUGACACGCAUGGUGGUGAUCAUCGUGUUGGUGUUUGUACUUUGUUGGCUGCCCUUCUUCACUACCAACAUUGUCAACCUGAUUCAUAUCAUCCCAGAGGACAAUACCACCCUCUACUUUUCCUUGGUCAUCCUCACUUAUGUCAACUCCUGUGCCAACCCAUUCCUCUAUGGCUUCCUCUCCGACAAUUUCAAGCAAAGCUUCCAGAAGGUUCUCUGCCUCCACAAACCAAAUGGCAUUGGCACCACAGACCAUAUGGGAGGCAGACAGAGCGCACCCAAGGAAAACCAGAAUCCUAUUUUCACACCUGGAAAUCACACAGAGAAUGGAAAAAUGCAGACCAUUCAGCAGGCUGUCCAGGUGGAGGUUAUUGGGGACCUUGACAGUGAGCCCUUAACUUCAAAAGGGGUGGUGAAUGGCCAGUCAGUACUAUGAGUUCUCAAGCUGACCCACCAUACAGCGUGUUAAAACAUGGGACUUUUGGUCAUGGACUUUGUUUUGAUUGAUAUUUCUUGUCUUUAUUGCUGAUCCUCCCUUUCUGACUGGGACUUUUGUGGAGAGGACCAGAGGGGUAAAGUAUUGAGAAAAUACUACACACAGCAUUUGUCACUGAGCUUUUAUUUAAACAUUUACACAGUCUGAGAGAUGAUGUGAUGUCUCAAUUCAGUGCUGAAUGCAGUCGUGAGAUGUGAAAUGCUGUAAAUUCUCAACUAACUUUAUUUAGACUUUUAUUUUGAAACAGGCCUAUACCAGAAACAUGCAUUUCAGUUUUAUACGUGAUCAUAUUUUUGUAAGACUCCUUGCUUUCCAAUCUGUUUUGUUUAAUUUGCUGCUGAUGCCCUUGCCCAUUACACACUUAAUGCUUCCUCUAUGUUUACCUGUUAUUUUGAUAAAUUCAGGAUCGUGCACAUUUCACAGCAGUAAGAGGCAUCUGUGCGUGAAGAGUUGAGUUGACAGUAUAAACUAGCUUCUCUUCAAAUAACUGGAAUUAAUCAAAGGUUGCAACAAUAUUUCCAUUAAACUAAUGGUUUGAGAUUUUUGGAAUUAUGUUUAAAACACUCUGUCAGAAAAUUGCAUUAGAGGAUUGAUACCAAUCUCAUAUCUGUCCUGAAUAGGCUGUAAGGCUACAGGAAUAGCAUAAAGACUGGAAAGAGGGGGAAACUGCUUCCCUGGUUCUGAUCAAAGAUAACAAAGCUACCCACCAGCACAUCUAAAGCUCACUAAUUAGCACACAUUUUGUUUGUUUAAUCCAUACAAAAGUCAAAGUGUAAAAAGCCUUCUGCCCAUGCCACAGAUGUGUGAAUCUGACGACGACGGCAUCCACUUCCUUGUUCAUGGUUUGUUGGACUGCAGUAACCCCAAUGCAAAUUAUUUUCCACCACCUUUCCAAAACACACCGGUGAUCAGAUAACCAACAUAUUUAUAAAGACCAGAGGGACGAGAGAGCACGGAGAGGGCAGGAACAUGCAGCACGGUGGUGACGUAUACAGCUCUCAGAAUAGUUUUACCAAAGGAUCAUUCAGCUUUUCCUCAGGCAGCAAUGUUAUAUAUGUACACAUCAAUUAUUGUGGACGGUGUGCACACACCUGCAGAGAUUGCACGCGGCUCGCUACGUGACAAAUUGUUUACUACUGUUUAAUUCAAGUCAGAGAGUUUUUGAGAUGCUGCGAAAUUCCGAACUCACGUUGAACUCAGGGGCAGCUAACAUAAAUUUAACUAAUCACAUACAUCACAUUACCAAAGCUCUAGCUAUUGAUUUUCUAUUCUAAUACUCAACCAGAAAGCAAAUACGUGUAUUUCCCAAAAAGUGAAACUCUUUCUUCAUGAAGAGAAAUUUGGAGCAACAGAGUGACGGACUUAGUGCUGUGAAAAUGUGCAUUUGCUGAAUUCAUCGUGUGAGCCAUUAUAGUACAGGUAAUUUCACUCUGUCAGUGAUUUGUUUUAACAGGCAUUCAUUGGGCACCAGGCUUACAUUUAGACUACUCUACCUGUGACCCAAGAUUUAUUUAACACUCAGCUAUUGUUCUUUCCUACAGCUAUAAUUCAUAUCCCCAAGGCUAGAGUAGAGCUAGUUGAAAUAUUUUUGAUGGUCAUGACAAACACUUUUCUUUUGCCCAUGUUACUGUUAAUGUGGUUUUUGUGACUUUUUUUUUUUUUUUUCACUUCAAUGUUACAAAGCUGUGAAAGAUGCUUUGAAUUAGCCCGGCCAGGUCUUGUGCUCCACUGGAUUUAUCUCUUUUCUCUCUGUUGGAAUGGACGCCAUGAUGAACUGAAGGAGCAUAUCACUGUCAAAACCUCAGCUACACCAGAUCAUAUCCUCACUCAUCGUUCAGCUGCUGGACUAUGAACUUUGACAUUUGAUGCCAGCAUCAUUUGGAGGUUGCUGCACGACGCUGGAGCAUCUCCAUAGUUGUAACCCGAGCUGUUAAUAAUGUUUAUGGUGAGCUUCUUUGAAAUACUGCCCAGUAAAAUACAUGGACAUCUUACAGGAGACGAUGGAUUUAUUUGUGUUAGAAACACUGUGAACUUGCAUCAUUUUAAAUAUGGAGUGAGUAUAUAUAAGAAAAACGCUAUCUUAGUUGCUCUAUUAAAGAAGCCAUCAUAAAUAUUAAUAAACGAUCAAGUCUGUUUUACAUGUUCAUCCUGUAUUAAUCCCACGGAGCUGAUAUGUGGCUGCAUGAACCUAUGCUGUUAUGUUACAUCUGUCCCACUAACUGACAGCUGCUAUUUGUUGUCACUGUGAUUUCUCAAUAUUAAGGCAGGUUUGUGUUUCAGACUGAAGCACUGCGUUUGUAUUUCCAGUCGAAGAAGAAUAGUGGCAGCUUUACGUUCGAAUCUUAAUGCCUCUCCACAUAAACCAAUUGAGAUUUUUCUUUACAGAAAGUUAGAGUGGUUUUAUUGCAAAAGCAGAGAAAACAACAACAGGUGUUUUGUUUUCCUCAGGGCAGGCCAUUCACACAGAUUUGGCUGCAUUAUGCAGUACGAUUUUAGAACAAUGGCUUGCGGCAUAAACAACCAUUUACAUAUAAAUAUGAAAAGCUGUCAGCAAAAUGAAGGGAGGCAGCUCAAAGUUGCCCCCGUGAGCUGACUUUCUAAGUGUUGUUAAUGGUGGUGGGGGUUUGUUGGUUUUUUUCUUAGUUUUAUGAUCUUGCAGCCGUUCCACUGUUACCUUAAUAAAUGCAACUAUAUCAAAGGACA